AAUAAAUUAGAAGAGGAUGAAUCAAAGAAGAAUGAAUUAGAAAAGGAUGAAUCAAAGCAGAAUGAAUCAGAGGAGGAUGAAUUAGAGGAGGAUGAAUUAGAGAAAGAUGAAUUGGAGGAGAAUGAAUCAGAAA